UCUCUGGCUAAGGCCAUGGGAAAAGGACCACCCUCUUUCGUCCAAACCAGUCCAAAACAUUUUCAGGCGGAUACCCGGAAAUGCGGGAGACCUAAAGACAUAAAAGUCUCAAAUAUUUAUUUGAGUGUCCAGUAUUUUAAAGUGUCUUAAUCGAGGUAAAGCAGAAGUAUAAGUGUACCGGAUUCAAGACGCGACCAUGACACUUCUUCAUGAGAUCGAAGGAUGGCUCACAUCUCUUAUGUUUUACGUGCUUUGUGUUGCUUUAAUCGCAUUUGUAGCAUAUUGUCUGUAUGUUAGACAUGUUCAUCAGAAAUAUGAUCAUAUACCUGGACCUCCAAGGGAUAAUUUUUUACUGGGACAUACAACUUUUAUUAAAGCACCUACGUCGGACAACAUCAUGCACAAUAUUUUACUGAACUGGGCAGAAAAAUACGGUCCUGUGUACAGACUGAACACCUUCCAUUAUGCUGUGAUCGUGAUUUAUUGCCCUGAAGCUACAAAGACAAUCAUGAUGUCACCCAAGUAUCCUAAAGAUCCCCUUGUCUACAAAACCCUCUUUAGCUUGUUUGGGAAAAGGUUCCUGGGAAACGGUCUGGUGACGUCUGUGGAUCAUGAUGCCUGGUACAGGCAGCGGCGCAUCAUGGAUCCGGCCUUCAGCAGCUCAUACCUGCGAGGUCUGAUGGGCACGUUUAAUGAGAUGUCAGAACGCCUCAUGGACAAACUGGAGGAAAACGCUGAUGGGAAAACUCCUGUUGUCAUGCAUGACCUGGUCAACUGUGUCACACUUGAUAUCAUUACCAAGGUGGCUUUUGGUGUUGAUUUGAAUAUGUUGAACGACACUGACUCCCCCUUCCAGACUGCAAUAGAGCUGUGUUUGAAAGGCAUGGUGUAUAAUCACAGGGAUCCUUUAUUUAGGCUCAACCCUAAGAACUGGAAGAUGGUGCAACAGAUUAAAGAUGCAGCUGAACUCUUACGUAGAACCGGAGAGAAAUGGAUACAAGACAGGAAGACAGCAGUGGAAAAUGGUGAAGAUGUCCCUAAAGACAUUCUCUCUCAAAUCCUCAAAACAGCUGAGGAGGAAAAAGCUAACAAUUCAGAAGAUCAUGAGCUAAUGCUGGACAAUUUUGUCACUUUCUUUAUCGCAGGGCAAGAGACAACAGCCAAUCAGAUUUCAUUUGCAAUCAUGGAAUUAGGGCGACACCCUGAGAUAUACAAACGAGCUAAAGCAGAGGUGGAUGAAGUCCUUGGAAUGAAAAAGGAAAUUUUAUAUGAAGACCUGGGAAAACUCUCUUACCUGUCUCAGGUGUUGAAGGAAACCCUGCGACUGUACCCCACUGCCCCAGCAACGUCUCGCUUGCUGCCUGAGGACAUGAUUAUAAAUGGACUGAAAAUCCCAGGAGGAUGCUCUGCUGUUUUCAGUUCCUAUGUCUCAUCAAGAAUGGAAAAGUUUUUUAAAGAUCCUCUGAAGUUUGAUCCUGAGAGAUUUGAUGUAAAUGCCCCAAAGCCUUAUUACUGCUACUACCCAUUUGCACUUGGACCCCGAUCCUGUUUAGGGCAGGCCUUCUCACAGAUGGAGGCAAAAGUUGUGCUUGCCAAACUGCUUCAGAGAUUUGAAUUCAGUCUGGUUCCUGGACAGUCUUUUGGCAUUAAAGACACAGGAUUUCUGCGCCCCCUUAGUGGAGUUAUUUGCAACCUUAAACAUUGUACAGAGGACAUGUUCUAGACCUCCUGUACUUGACAGUCUACUAACAUGCACUUUUCAGACAUUAAUCUGAAUGGAUUUUUAACAGCCUAAUAAUGAUGGGGUGAGAACCAGAGGGGCGUAAGUGACAUUUCACCAACUUUACAGGAGGGCCAGAACAAAUAAACUACUAUGGUUUGAUCUGACUUUCGGUACUAAUUUUUAUCUUUUAUAACUCUAAAUUGAUUAGAAAUUCGCAUGUGUCGUUUUGGCAGUAGAAGAUAUAUAUGUAUUAAUAUCUCCAUUUCACCCCAAAUGUCAUCUUCUGGUUUUUACCUCUUGAUAUACACUUUUUCUGUUUGCAAUAUGCUAUUUUGUUUUUUGUUUAACCCACCAAUACACAGCGAUUUUCCACCUUUAAUGCUUAUAUGAUUUAAAAACACUAGAUAACUGCAUGCUUAUUCUUUAUAUUUACAUUGUUUUGUCAAUGUCUGUAAAUGUAGAUAUUUAGACAGACAGAUGGAUACAAAGACAUUUCUAUUGUAGCCACAAAUGGAGGCUAGAGGUAGAUCUGUUAUGUAAAGAUCAAUUUAAAUAGGAAAUUAAUUACUGUAGUUUAACAUCAUAAUAAAACACUUCUUAACUGGAAA